CCCAACCAGGGAUUGAACCUGAACCCCCUGCAUUGGAAGGCAAAGUCCUAACCACUGGACUGUCAGGGAACUCCCAACAUAAAGUUUUUGAGACUCACGUUGGCACCCAGGCCAGUAGUUGGCCCGUUUUCAUUGCUGCAUAAUUCCCUGGGAUUAGUGAAUUCAUUUCUUGAUAAGUUUUUGCAUCGUUUGCCAGAUUGAUAGUUUAAAAAGCAAAUCUGAUUGUGUCUCGGAGCUGAUUUAGACCCCGUGAAACAUUCUCCAUCUUUCUCAGAAUUAAUUCAAACCUCUCCUCAGGGCCUGGAAUGGCCUCUUUUGCCUCAGUUUCCCCCUCACUCCUGAGCUCCAGGUACAGGAGCUCCAGGUACACUGCUCUCCUCUCUGUGUUCGAAGGGUCCAUGCUGCUUCCAGCCGAGGUCUUUGCACAUGCUGACCCCUCUGCUUUGCAAUGUGCUCUGCCCCCAUCCCGACCUGCUUCACUGGCUAAACCUUCAAGUCUUUAAGAUCGUAAGGCACCUGGAUGAUUUACAUCCUCAGGGACGCUUCAUUGACCAGCCCCCACUUUUAGACGCCACACCUCCUUGUAGCUCCCUACACUUCUUCCUUCGUUGUCCUCACUGUAAAUAACAAUUUGUAUGAUUAUUGGAUUAAUAUCUGUCUCCCCCGUCAGACUGUGAGCUCUGUGAAGACCAGCACUGGUUCUGUUUAGUCUCCAGCAUCACCCGGCCCAAAGCCUGCACUCACUCAGCAUUUACUGAGUGUUGAAUGUUGAGUAGACCCUCUGUGUGAGCCUUAUAUCCUCUCCCCACCGCCACAAACACACAGACUUUCUCCUGGGAACUGCCAGGGAACCUUGACUCCCGCCCUUUCAAUCCUUGGCAGUGGUGGGUGACGCAUCCAGGGGCGGGUGUCGCGCCCCACAGCUGAGGCUGAUUUGGCCUGGUUGGGCAAGGCCAGGGUUGCCUGGGGCGAGGUUACUCAUCCUGGGCUCACGUAAGAGGACCCGGGUUGGGAGGCGGCACAGCUAGAGUGGAAGCCGAGAGAGCAGGACGGAACCAUGGACCCCGCCAGGAAAGCAGGCUCCCGGGUAGCGAUCUGGGCAACGGGCUGGCUGCUGCUGCUGCCUCCGCUGCUGCUUCUAGAAGGAGCGCAGGCCCUGGAGUGUUACAGCUGCGUGCAGAAAGCCGAUGACGGAUGCUCUCCGCAGAAGACUAAGACGGUGAAGUGCGCGCCAGGCAUGGACGUCUGCACAGAGGCCGUAGGGGCGGUGGAAUCUAUCCACGGGCAAUUCUCGGUGGCAGUGCGGGGCUGCGGUUCGGGACUCCCGGGCAAGAAUGAUCGCGGACUGGACCUUUACGGGAUUCUGGCUUUCGUCCAGCUGCAUCAGUGCUCCCAGGACCGCUGCAACGCGAAGCUCAACCUCACCUCGCGAGCACUCAUCCCCGCAGGCAAUGAGAGUAACUACGAGCCUAAUGGGGUCGAGUGCUACAGCUGCAUGGGGCUGAGCCGCAAGGAGUGCCAGGGUACGGCGCCGCCCGUCGUGAGGUGCUACAACGCCAGCGACCACUUGUACAAGGGCUGUUUCGACGGCAACGUCACCUUGACGGCAGCUAACGUGACUGUAUCCUUGCCUGUCCGGGGCUGCGUCCAGGAUGAGUCCUGCACCCGGGAUUCAGCGACAGGCCCAGGGUUCACGCUCAGCGGCUCCUGCUGCCAGGGGUCCCGCUGUAACUCGGACCUCCGCAACAAGACCUAUUUCUCCUCUCAAUUCCCACCCCUUGUCCUGCUGCCCCGUCCUCCGUCCACCACUCUGGCUGCAAACAACUCUGUCAGUACUUCUGCCCCAACCCUGGCCUCCACUUCCACCACCAAACCCACCCCAGCCCCGUCCUCCACUUCCACCACCAAACCCACCCCAGCCCCAGCCAGCCAGACUUCUCCAAAAGAGGUCGAACCUGAGACCUCCCAGGUGGAGGAAUCUACCUCGGCUGGAGGUACUAGUGGCCACCAAGACCGUAGAAAUAUUGGGCAGUACCCCAUAAACGAUGGGCCCCCUAAUAAAGGCUCUGCAGCUCCUUCAGUGGGGUGGGUGGCUCUUCUGUUGGCUGUGGCUACUGUCACCUUACUAUGAACUUCUCUACCUCUUGCCCUACUUCCUUGGCCAUGGGUACCCUCCCUUCCCAUUACUCCCUCUUCCACCACUGGACUGGGCUGGCCCAGCCCCUGUUCUCCCUAGCUUUUGCUGCACUGGUUUGCGGCUUUGGGACAGAAAGUUACUAUUGUAUAUAUCCUGCCAGGGUGUUCCAGCUUUUUGAGGGCAGCAACUGUAUCCCCCUCAUCUUUGUCUCUCCCUGGUCUUCUCCUGGUGCCUAGGUCAGAGGGAAGUCAGAGCUGUCCCAGGGAAGGUGGGAGAGACAGUGAUAAGCUUCGUAUUCGCUUUCUCACAGUCAACCUGGAAUAGGAGAGAUGGGGUCUGAGGGCUCUGCCUCCUGCCCCUGAAUCUUUGUGGGAGUCAUUUUUUGGCAUCUUCUUUGUCUUCUUUUAUAGACUGUGAGCUCCUCAAGGGCAGGGACCGUGCCUUACGCCUCAGUGUGGUCAAUGUCUGGCACAUAAGGCUUCAAUAAAAGUUUAAUUACUUUGUA